GAUACGGAUAAUCGUUGUCUAAUUGAUACUAAUAAGGAGCGAGCUCGUGGGUUUGUGUUUGCCGAGGAUUUUGGAGGGAAAGUUUGAUUUUUUGAACUUCAAAAGUUCCUUUUCUGGUUUUCAUCUUCUCUCUCUCCACAAGAAUCUCUCUCUCUCUCUCUCCAAUUCAUUUAUUCUGAUCUUAUUGGCUGUUCCAUCUCUUUCCUUUCUCUCUCCCCUCUGCUUUGUUAGAUGUUAGAGAAAGUGAGAAAUUGUUAGAUUCAUUCCAAAAUCAAAGAGAUCUGGUUUUCUCCGAGGAUUUUGAAAAACUUCAAGUCACAUCCCCUUUCUCUCACAGCUCAUAGUUCUGAGAUUUGUGAUUCAGUGCAUGCAAGAGCUGAACAAAUCAUCAAGACGCAGCCAUUAGAUGAUAAAUUAAUCGAAUUUCAGAUGUCUUGUUCUGUGAAAACGACGGUGGAUCCACUUCUGAAAGAUUUGGAUGAGAAGAAAGAGAGUUUCCGGCGGAACGUGGUUUCUCUGGCGUCGGAGCUGAAGCAAGUGAGGGGCCGUUUGAUUUCUCAAGAACAAUCCUUUCUUAAGGAAACCCAAACUAGAAAAGAAGCAGAGAAAAGGGGAAAGAACAUGGAAAUGGAGAUGUGUAAAUUGCAGAAAAGAUUGGAAGAAAGGAGUUGCCAGCUUGAAGCUUCUGCAUCUGCUGCUGACAAGUUUAUCAAAGAAUUGGAGGAAUUCAGAUCACAGCUCAAUGCGACCAAGCAAACCGCAGAGGCAAGUGCUGAUUCUGCUCAGUCUACGCAGAUCCAAUGCUCAAUGCUGAAGAAACAACUCGACGACAAAACACGUUCUCUCAGAGAACACGAAGACCGUGUGACUCAGCUAGGUUAUCAGCUUGAUAAUCUACAGAGAGAUAUGAGCCUUAGAGAGUGCUCAGAAAAGCAGCUAAGGGAGGAACUCACGAGGAUUGAGCGCGAUAUAACAGACGCCAUUGCAAAGGUUGGGAUAGGUAGCACGGACGGUGCGCUCCAGAAGCUUCUAGAAGACGUUUCUCCAAUGAGUUUCGAGAGGAUGAAUAGGCUAGUUGAAGUGAAGGACGAAGAGAUUACGAAACUAAAAGAUGAGAUAAGGUUAAUGUCAGGCCACUGGAAACAUAAGACUAAGGAACUCGAAUCUCAGCUGGAGAAACAGAGAAGAACGGAUCAAGAUUUGAAGAAGAAGAUACUGAAACUAGAGUUCUGUCUUCAAGAAACUAGAAGCCAGACGAGAAAGCUGCAGAGGAGAGGGGAAAGGAGAGACAUGGAGAUCAAAGAGAUAAGAGAUUUGAUGUCGGAGAAACAACAACGUAAUGAAGAAUCUUGGGAGAAAGAGAAGUUCUGGGACAAUUCAGGGUUCAAGAUCGUUGUUUCAAUGUCGAUGUUGAUGUUAGUGGUAGUCUCCAAGAGAUGAGUUUUUAUUUUUCUUGUAUAAAAUGUAGUUCUUGGCUCUUGCAGAUUGAGGAAAGUCAUAUAUAUAUAACUUUUAGAACGGCCUCCGUUUAACUCAAUGGUCAUUGCUCUUAGGUACCUCUGUCCCGCUAUCUUGUAAAUGUUAUAAUCGUUUGUCUUUAAAUUUUGGAUUAAUUAAAAA